CACCCUGAGCGCCAUGUCUCGCUGAAGCGCGGGGGCUCAGUGCUGAACAUGCUAAAGAGGCUGGACAGAAUCCGGUUCAGAGGUCACAAGAGAGACGACUUCCCCGACCUGGCGGAGUCCCCCAACGCCUCGGACACCGAAUGUGGGGACGAGAUUCCCCUGAAGGCCCCUCGGACCACGUCGCCCCGCGACAGCGAGGAGCUGAGGGACCCGGCUGGCCCGGGGACCCUCAUCAUGGCCACAGGGGUCCAGGACUUCAACCGGACAGAGUCUGACCGGCUGAACGAGAUCAAGGGACAUCUGGAGAUCGCCUUGUUGGAAAAGCACUUUCUCCAGGAGGAGCUUCGGAAGCUGCGAGAAGAGACCAACGCGGAGACGCUGCGGCAGGAGCUGGAGCGUGAGCGGCAGAGGCGGCUGGAACUGGAGCAGAGGGUCCAGGAGGUGCUGAAGACCAGGUCCGAGGAGCCGCCGGUGCAGCAGCCCCCCAAAGGACAGGUCCCGGCUAACAAUGGAGCAGACCGCUGGGGCCAGGGGCUGUGCGCCCGCCUGCACAAGUGGUUCUACCUCAGGUUCGGGGAGUACGUGGAGGACUUCCGGUUCCAGCCCGAGGAGAGCACGGUCGAGGCAGAGGAGCCCCUCAGUGCCAGGAGGUUAACUGAAAACAUGAGGAGAUUGAAGCGGGGUGCCAAGCCCGUCACCAACUUUGUGAAGAACCUCUCUGCCUUGUCUGACUGGUACUCCGUCUACACCUCCGCCAUUGCCUUCAUUGUGUACAUGAACGCUGUGUGGCAUGGCUGGGCCAUCCCCAUGUUCUUGUUCCUGGCCAUCCUGCGGUUGUCCCUCAAUUUCCUCAUCGCCAGGGGCUGGAGGAUUCAGUGGAGCAUUGUGCCGGAAGUGUCCGAAGCAGUGGAACCUCCCAAAGAAGACUUGACUGUGUCUGAGAAGUUCCAACUGGUGCUGGACGUGGCCCAGAAGGCCCAGAACCUCUUUGGCAAGAUGGCCGACAUCCUGGAGAAGAUCCGGAACCUCUUCAUGUGGGUGCAGCCUGAGACCACGCAGAAGCUGUACGUCGCCCUGUGGGCUGCCUUCCUGGCCUCCUGCUUCUUCCCCUACCGCCUCGUGGGGCUUGCCAUGGGCCUCUAUGCUGGAAUUAAGUUCUUCCUCAUCGAUUUCAUCUUUAAACGCUGCCCGAGGCUGCGAGCCAAGUAUGACACGCCCUACAUCAUCUGGAAGAGCCUCCCCACGGACCCCCAGCUCAAGGAGCGUACCAGUGCCGCCGUGUCGCGCCGGCUGCAGGCCACGUCUUCGCGGAGCUGCGUCUCCAGCGCCCCCGCCAGCCUGGGCAGAGACGACGAUUCCAGCCGCUUCCACGGCACCAAGAAGGGCAACUUCCACGAAAUCUUCAACCUGACAGAGAACGAGCGGCCACUGGCAGUGUGUGAGAACGGCUGGCGCUGCUGCCUCAUCAACAGGGACCGGAAGAUGCCCACAGACUACAUCAGGAACGGUGUUCUGUACGUCACGGAAAAUUACUUGUGCUUCGAAAGCUCCAAAUCUGGGUCUUCGAAACGAAAUAAGGUCAUCAGGUUGGUGGACAUCACAGACAUCCAGAAGUACAAGGUCCUCUCUGUCCUCCCGGGGUCGGGCAUGGGGAUCGCAGUGUCCACACCCUCCACCCAGAAGCCGCUGGUGUUCGGGGCCAUGGUGCACCGGGACGAAGCGUUCGAGGCCAUCUUCAGCCAGUACGUGAAAAUCACAUCGGCGGCGGCCGUGGCCGGGGACAGCUAG